AUGUCACAAUACGGAGUAAUUGCAAAGGGAACGGUUGCUUUUAUUUCAUUAGCAAUUCUUUUAUGCAUCGUACUGCCUAUGCUGUUUCUAAGAAGGAUAAAAUCAAACGAAAGGAAAUAUUUUUUAUCGUGGGUGUGUAUGUAUAUAUCACAAAUGAAUCCAAUGAUAAGUCCAAUGAGGAUUAUGCACAAGCAGGAAGGACACACCGUAGAGAAGGUGAAACAGGCAGUGCAACAAAAGGUUUUAUAA